AGCGGCGCCGUGACCUGGUGGGGACAGGGGGAUCGAGGGCAGCGGGGGGAUGCAGGACAGACAGGGGACAGGCGGGGGACAGGGGACAGGCAGUGAUCCCGGCGCAGCUCCGCCGGUACGGGAGGGCAGAGGGAGGUUCCCGCUGGGCAGGGCCCGAUCUCAGCCCAAAAACAUCCGGCUGGGCCGGUGCGUGGCACCUCGCCCCGCUCUGCCUGCUGCGGGCGUCCUGCCUGCCUGCUGACUGUCCUGCGUCCCCUGCCUGCCCACUGUCCCCUCUCUGCCCUGAAUCCUCUGCCUGCCUGCUGUGUCCCGUGCCUGCCAUGUGUCCACUGCCUGCUGUGGGUCCCCUGCCUGCCCUGAGUCCCCUGCCUGCCUGUCCUGGGUCCCCAGUUUGCCAUGUGUCCCCUGUCUGCCCUGGGUCCCCUCCUCCCUAUAACCCCCUGCCUGCCACUGACCGUGGGUUCCCUCCUGCAGGAGAUGGAGCUGGAGCCCCGGGGGAACGGCCUGGAGCCCGUGGGGCACUACGAGGAGAUUGAGAUCUCGGAGAGCAGCGUCAACAACGGCCCUGAGCACAUCGGUCCCCACUGCUUUGAGCUGCUCCGCGUCCUGGGCAAGGGUGGCUACGGCAAGGUAUUCCAGGUCCGCAAAGUCCAAGGCACCAACACAGGGAAGAUCUUUGCCAUGAAGGUCCUGAAGAAGGCAAAAAUCGCCUGCAACGCCAAGGACACGGCACACACCCGGGCCGAGAGGAACAUCUUGGAGGCCGUCAAGCAUCCCUUCAUCGUGGACCUCAUCUAUGCCUUCCAGACGGGUGGCAAGCUCUACCUCAUCCUGGAGUGCCUCAGCGGUGGAGAGCUCUUCAUGCAGCUGGAGCGGGAGGGCAUCUUCCUGGAGGACACUGCCUGUUUCUACCUGAGCGAGAUCACGCUGGCACUGGGCCACCUGCACUCCCAUGGCAUCAUCUACCGCGACCUCAAGCCAGAGAACAUCAUGCUCAACAGCCAAGGUCACAUCAAGCUGACCGACUUCGGGCUGUGCAAGGAGUCAAUCCAUGACGGGGCUGUCACCCACACCUUCUGCGGCACCAUCGAGUACAUGGCCCCUGAGAUCCUGGUACGCAGUGGGCACAACCGGGCGGUGGACUGGUGGAGCCUGGGCGCCCUGAUGUACGACAUGCUCACAGGAUCGCCCCCAUUCACUGCCGAGAACCGCAAGAAAACCAUCGAUAAGAUUCUCAAGGGGAAGCUGGUGCUGCCGCCGUAUCUGACGCCCGACGCGCGGGACCUGCUCAAAAAGUUCCUCAAGAGAAACCCUAACCAGCGGGUUGGGGGUGGCCCGGGCGAUGCGGCCGAUGUGCAGAAACAGCCCUUUUUCCGUCACAUCAACUGGGAGGACCUGCUGGCCCGCAGGCUGGACCCCCCCUUCAAACCCUGCCUGCAAUCGGAGGAGGACGUCAGCCAGUUUGACACCCGCUUCACCCGCCAGACGCCUGUUGACAGCCCGGAUGAUGCUGCCAUCAGCGAAAGUGCCAACCAGGCCUUCUUGGGCUUCACCUACGUGGCCCCCUCGGUGCUGGAGAGCAUCAAGGAGGGGUUCUCCUUCCAGCCCAAGGUGCGCUCCCCCCGCCGCCUCAACAGCAGCCCCCGCACCCCCGUCAGCCCCGUGAAGUUCUCCCCCUUUGAGGCGUUCAAACCAGGGGAACCGAUGGAGCUGGGGGGCAGCCUGCCCCCCCCCCAGCCCGAGGGCACGGCCCCGCUCCCCAUCAAGACCCCCGUGGGUGCCAAGAAGCAGAAGGGGGGACGGGGACGGGUACCCAGGUAGGGGUUGGGGGCGGGGGGAUGGGUGUGACCCGGGGAAGGACACCGGGUGCUGGUGGCGGAGUGGCCCGGUGACCCCCUCGUGGGGUUGGGGGGCGCACAGGUGGGCCCCCCUGCCCCCCGCUGCCAGGCAGGACUGGUUUUGGGGCUGCGGGGACACCCUGGUGUGGUGAUAGGGGUGUGGCCCCCUGGGGUGUGGCCCUCGAGGGUGUGGCCCCCCCAAGGGUGUGGCCCCAGCUGCUGGGUGUGUGCCAAUUAAAGGACUUGAUGAGGC